AUGGAAGAAUGCGUCAACUACCCGGAUCUGCACAACAAAGUCGCCCUGGUCAUGGGCAUCGGACAGACUGCGAGCGAUAACCCCAGUGCGUGGGAUAAUGGAGCAGCCGUUGCAUUGAGACUGUCGCAAAACCAUGCGAUCGUCUUUGGCUGCGAUCUGGAUCUUACCGCAGCAGAGUACACGAAAUCUGGUCUUCCGGGUCCGUGUACUGUCAUGGCGGCAGACGUCACAUCUGCAAGCGAUGUCUCCAAAGUCGUGGACGCCUGUAUGUCCAUGUAUGGCCAUAUCGACAUACUCGUCAACAACGUCGGCAGAGCAUCAUCCGGAGAAGCCGUAAGCAUGAGCGAAGAAGGGUGGGAAUCUCAGCUUCGCAUUCAUCUUGGUAAUAUUUACCUUGCGUGCCAUAAGGUCAUGCCGAUUAUGAGAGCACAAGACCAUGGUUCGAUCAUCAACUGCGCCCUCAAUGCGGGUGUUGAGUACCGAGGAAAGCCUCAAAAUGGCUACAGCGCUGCCAAAGCCGCCGUUGUACACUUUACACGAGCGAUGGCAGCCAUAUUUGCCAAGGAUGGAGUACGCCUGAAUUGCGUGGUGCCCGGGUCGAUAUCUAUGCCAUUGGUGAAAGAAGGGACGCACAGUCGAGGUGAUGCGAUCGGAGAUAUUUUUGGGAAGAGGAUGCAGCACAAUCUGUUCUUUGACCAGCUAGGAAGUCCAUUCGAUGUGGCAGACGCUGUUGCCUUCCUGGCCAGUGCUGCAGCGAAGUGCAUCACAGGACACUCGCUGGUGAUUGAUGACGGACUGGCCGUUCCGACUGGGACUUGA